AAGAGACAUAAGACUCACCUUUUGCAACCGGUGUCGGCAUCUUGACCUCCUGUAGUCAAAAUAUGUCGUUUCCCUCCUCUAACCGACCGUAUCAGGCAGCCAAGUAAAAGGAUGGCGAUGUCAGCGUCAUCAGAUGCGCCGGCACCCCGCGGGCCGACACGUGACGUCAACACAGCCCUUAUCCGGAAACCCUAUCGUCCGCUUUGGGCAGUCCGUUGUUUUUUCCCCCCGCGUCGGACAUCAACAUUGAUCGAUCUUUUGUUUUGCCUCUGUGCACAAUACAAUCUCAAUUUAGAUCUAGAGAAAGCAUGUCUCGCCCUUCCUCCGUCUCUCAGCGUCCCCUGACGCUCACUGAAGAAUUGGAGAAGCUUGAACAGUCCAUCACCCUAACACUACAAGAAAUCGACCACAACUUCAGCCAAGCCCACCGAAUUGUUACAACCAGCAUCCUCCCAGUCGUUGAGCAAUACGCCGAACACUCACGCGAUGUCUGGGAAGGCGCCAAAUUCUGGAAACAAUUCUUCGAAGCGAGCGCCAACGUCUCCCUUUCAGGCUACGAGGAACGACCCAACGAAGGCACAGACACACUGCACGACCAAACCGCAACGGAAGACGACUCAACCGCCGACGUGACGCAGAGCAACUUAACCGAAAUCGGCACCUACGAAACACCCUCGUCCGCACGACUUGAUGCUAGCCACCGCCCGGACGAUCUGGAACUAACAUCGCUGAGUCUGUCCUCGCAUAGCACGCCCCGGCCGCCCGUAUUCGAUAGACAAGACCACAACGACACAACAGUGACCUCAUCGAUUGCCCGGCCGUCACCGUACGAGGAGCUGAAACGGGACCUCGACGAGAACGAUGCCCCCUUCGACGGCGAGGACGACGAUCUCCCCACGACCCCCGGACAACCUUUCCGGCCGCAGGGCCACACGCACGACGAGCUCAUGUCCUCGUCGCCGUUUAUUCCGCCUGUUUCGCACGAGAACUUCUCACCAGCGGGCAAGACUCCGGCGGAUCCGAUCCUGCAUCGUCUCCAGGACAAGACGUAUCGGGUUCAGGCUACCCCGCUUGGAAAGGGGUAUGGAACGGGCCGCUCUAAAUUCACCAUCACUCCGAAGCCAUCGACAUCCAAGUUCGGCUAUGAUGAUUCGCCGGUCUCCAGUCCCGAACCUGAGGCGCCUCAGCUACAUGCGGAAAUUUUCUCUUCGCCGCUUAAGACCCCCGGUACCAACCGGAAGCGACGUACAAGUAGCCAUCUGCGCGUGACGCCACAGCCCGGAAUAAGCGUGUUGACUCCGGCGAAAAGCGGGGGUAGAAACCGACCGGUCUGGGAUAGCGACGAGGACUUCGACAGUGACGAGGACGAGGAUCUGGGGCCCAGUCCCCCGAAAACUAUGCAAUUUCAUAUUCCUCAGAGUAGGCUGAUGAAGACACCAGCGAAAGAAGCAUCUAGACGGAUCGUCGAGGACUUGCUGUUCACCGCCGGGGCAAAUGAUACAACGGACGAUGUUCCAGGCGAGCAGAGCCCUAGCAUCAUCCAAAGGGUCCAGCGCAUAGAAGACGAAACCUUCUAAAUAGGCAUAG